AUGGCAACAAUUAGCGACAGAGUGGUGAGCAACCUCACAGUCAUCUAUGUGGCAGUGAUAGCAUGUAUGAAGGUGUACGGCCUUGCGUGUGGCCAAAACCUGGGAGGCGCUUUUGCUCUCCUCUUCUUCUCUUCCAUCUUCGUGGCUCUCAUCUUGCUGUUAGCACUCGCCUGGGACCUAUCACGCAAGGCCGCGUAUGUAUUUGCCGCCUCGGCCGCUGCAACAAACAACCAUCGUUCUCACAAGACAUGUAAAGGAGGCAUCUGCUGGCAUGGUGUUGCCGUCCAAUCACCCGCUUCUCAGGUCCGUUUCAGGCUCCCACACCAUCUUCCCACUUAUCCCACUUUCUAA